AUGCUGUCCUGUGUCUUGCUCCUUUCCAAGCAUAUCAGCACUUCGCUGGUGUCCCUGCGCGGCGCGCGCCUUGGCUUCGCUCUCCCGCGGCGCUGGGCCACCAGGAGCCCCUGGAUUCCGCGGCCCGCCGCUCCCCUCCGACCCCGGGCAGCAGCCGCCUCCUCCAGGACUCUCUCGGGGUCCGCCUCCGCCCCCUCCCGGGUGCGCCAGAACUUCCACCCAGACUCGGAGGCCGCCAUCAACCGCCAGAUCAACCUCGAGCUCUAUGCGUCCUACGUGUACUUGUCCAUGGCCUAUUACUUCUCCAGGGACGACGUGGCCUUGAACAACUUCGCUCGGUAUUUCCUUCGCCUGUCCCGGGAGGAGACCCAGCACGCAGAGGCGCUGAUGAGGCUGCAGAACCAGCGGGGAGGCAGGAUCUGCCUGCAGGACAUCAAGAAACCGGACAGGGACGACUGGAAGAGCGGGCUGAACGCCAUGGAGUGUGCUCUGCUCUUGGAGAAGAAUGUGAACCAGUCGUUGCUAGAAUUGCACUCUCUGGCCUCAGCUAAAGGUGACCCCCAUUUGUGCGACUUCCUGGAAACUCACUAUCUAAAUGAUCAGGUGAAGUCUAUCAAAGAACUAGGUGACCACGUGCACACCUUGAUUACGAUGGGGGCCCCAGAUUGUGGCCUGGCGGAGUACCUUUUUGACAAACAUACCCUUGGAAAUGAAAACAAUCAGAACUAA